AUUAAUUAAAUUAUAAAUACUAAAAUUUUUUCUUGCGAUAAAGUUUGCAAAAGUAAAAAGAAUUUAGCAAGAUGCAAGAUUUUAUUAAAUAUUCUCUUGUACUUUUAUUGUGCAAAUUAUCUGUUGAAGAUUGUGUUGAUCAAGGCAGUUAUUGCUCGUCUUACCAACCAUUUUGUGAUGAUCCUGAUUACAAAGAUUAUUUAAUCAUGGAAUGUCAAAAAACGUGCAACUUUUGUCAUUUAGUGACAACGACAUUGCCAACAACCACACUUGCUAGUAGUGCACCAUUUACAGGCUCUGGAGGCAGAGAUUUACAACCAGGAUGCGGUGCAAAAGGAAUGACUAACACACGAAUUGUUGGAGGAAAAAAUGCAAAACCUGGUGAUUGGCCUUGGCAAGUAAACAUUGAUUAUCGGUUUAACACUGCCAAUCCUGGGCACCUUUGUGGCGGAACUUUAAUAAAUCAAGAAUGGGUGUUAAGUGCUGCCCACUGUUUUUAUGAAGAUCAAAACAAGGAUAACUAUAGGUUAAAAUUAGGUGAGCAUGAUUUAAAAACAAAUAGUGUUUGGGAACAAGUUUAUGGUAUAAAAGAGCUUAUUCUCCAUCCUCAGUACGAGCAUAUAGGAUUUCAUUAUGACUUAGCACUAUUAAGACUUAAUUCAACAGCACGUUUAAACAGCCGUGUUCAAACAGCAUGUUUAGCCGAUGGAAAUCUUACGUUUCCGGUGGGUACAGAGUGCUUCAUUACAGGAUGGGGAUUGCUACAAGAGUAUGGUACAGGACCUGCAAUUUUGCAGCAAGCCAAAGUUCCAUUGGUUAAGCAGGAAAAAUGUAUUACGGCGUACAACCAGUUAAACUUAAAAGUAACUCCGCAAAUGUUUUGCGCUGGAUACGAAAAUGGUAAAGUUGAUGCCUGUGAAGGUGAUUCUGGUGGUCCACUGGUUUGCAAAGUUACCGAUAUCAAACGAAAUGAAGAAGUUUGGUAUUUAUAUGGGACAAUAUCAUGGGGCGUUGGUUGCGCAAGAAAAGGCUUCUAUGGAGUAUUAGCAAACCCAAAAACAAUGCGUUCAUGGAUUGACUCUGUUGCAUUUAAAAAAAAAUUUUAAAUAUGUUUUAUAAAAAAGUUUAAUAAUUUAUUAUGUUGAAA